AUGGCGCCUUGGCGACAAUCCCCCGGGAAGCUGAGGACGGCGCACGCCGCCCUCAUCCUGUGUCUAAACAUAGACGUGGACCCGCCCGACGUGGUCAAGACGAAUCCGUGCGCAGUCCUGGAGUGCUGGGUGGACCCGCAUAGCAUGCCCUCGAAUAAAGCGCUCGAGGCGAUUGGCGAGAACCUACGGCACCAGUAUGAGGGUCUGAGCCCCAAGAUCACGUACAAGGCUAUCCUUGACCCGUGGUACGAGGACUUGCGCAGGUACUGCGUCCAGUUCCGCAGAGGUGCGAAGGAGGAUGCCGUGCUUUUCCACUACAACGGCCACGGAGUCCCCAAACCGACCCCCAGCGGCGAACUCUGGUGCUUCAACAAGCAGUACACGCAAUACAUCCCCGUUUCUCUCGCCGACAUCCAGACAUGGCUGGGUUCUCCGUCGGUGUACAUUUGGGACUGCUCCGCUGCGGGCCACUUGUUACAGAACUUCAAUGCAUUCGCCGAGGAUCGAGACAAGCGGAAGAACUUGAUGGAAGGCGGCUACCCAGAGGGGCAGUCGCCGUUCUCAGAAUCCAUCCAGCUCGCCGCCUGCGCCGCGCACGAGACGCUUCCAUCUUGCCCCGAGCUCCCCGCCGACCUGUUCACGUCCUGCCUAACCUCCCCCAUAGACAUCGCCCUGCGGUACUUCGUGAUGAACCACCAGUUGCCUAACAAUAUUACCGCCGAUAUGGUUAUGCAGCUGCCUGGUGACCUCAAGGAUCGCCGGACGCCGCUCGGCGAGCUGAACUGGAUAUUCAUUGCCAUUACGGAUACGAUCGCUUGGACGACGUUCCCUCGAGAACUGUUCACCCGAUUAUAUCGCUCUGACCUCCUCAUUGCGUCGCUGUUCCGAAAUUUCCUUCUCGCAGAACGUAUCAUGAAGAAUUACCACUGCACACCUCAUACCAGCCCUCCACUGCCCCCAACGAACACGCACCGGCUGUGGGCGUCUUGGGAUCUCGCCGUGGAUGCGUGUCUCCGACAGCUACCUGAUCUCCUAGCUGGCAAGAAAUCGAAAGGUGAGGCAGGAGAGAGUGCUGUAGCUAGAUCGCGGCGCCAAGCCGAGCAGGCUCGUCAGGACAGGUCAAAUAAUGCCCAUGCAUCUGCGGACAGCCCGUACACCUACAUCCCGAGCCGUUUCUUUGCGGACCAGCUCACUGCCUUCGAGGUAUGGAUUUCGCGCGGGGGCUCGGCGCUAACAAAGCGAGGCCCAAUGUCGCUCCCCGUCCAGACGAACGGCGAGAACGGUGCCGCGUACGCAGAAGCGCCCAGCGACGCGGCGUUGGAGCCGCAACCCUCACUUUUAGAUCAGGGCACUGAGCAUCAUCUCGUACCCCGCAAACCCCCAGAGCAGCUACCCAUCGUCUUGCAGGUCCUACUGUCCCAGCCGCACCGCCUUCGCGCUCUUAUACUGCUCUCUCAGUUUGUUGACCUCGGCCCCUGGGCGGUACAUCUGGCGCUCACGAUCGGGAUAUUCCCCUACAUAUCCAAGCUACUGCAGGCGGCUGGACAAGAUCUGAGGCCCGUCCUCAUCUUUAUAUGGGCACGCAUCCUUGCGGUCGAUCCUACCUGUCAAGUAGAUCUUUACACAAAUCAAGGGUACAAGUACUUUGCAAACGUACUAGCUAUCCAGGAAGACCCGCAGCACUCCGUCAUUCCGAACCACUCGGAACACAAAGCGAUGUGUGCUUUCAUCCUGUCAGCGAUUGCUCGGGACUUUGCGCAUGGGCAGACCGCGUGCUGGCGUGAGCGCGUUUUCGACAACUGCUUCGAAAGGCUGGACGAAGGUGAUUUCCUCUUGCGUCAGUGGUGCGCUCUUUGUAUCGCGCAGAUAUGGGAUGGGAACGACGAAAUCAAGAUAUAUGGAGUCGACCGAGGGACCCAGGAUAAGCUCAUCGCAAUGCUUUCAGACGAUUCUCCUGAGGUCCGGACAGCUGCGCUCUAUGCCCUCGGAACCUUUAUGGGCUCGAGCGGUUCUGCGGAUCCUAAUAAGUGUGGUGGGGGCGGCAGUGGUACGAUGCAACAUCUUGAAGAGCGCAUCCAUUUCAGAAUGGAAGUGGCUGUGGCAACGGGUGCUACCCUUGCUGUCAAGGACGAUGCCAGUCCUACCGUCCGGAAGGAACUUCUAGUCUUGAUUAGCUGCCUUGCCAAAGAGUGGCGAGGAUACUUCGUAGUUUGUGCGUGGAUUUACUGGGAAGAGAACCGCCGGAGGGUGUCUGGGAUGAGCAAUCACAUGUCGGACGAUGACGAUGUUGCAGCGAUUGCUGUCUCUGAAUGGCUGGACAGCUUCGGGGAUGAUGAAGGCGCUCGAGAGGAGAACCGUGUCUUACUUUCGUCCUUCUUUACGAUCUUCGUCGCUCUUCUCGAAUUAUCCACCGAUCCGUACCAAGAGGUCGCCACCAACGCGCAGACCGUUGUUGACUAUGUCAUGGCGCUCUUGCUGGAAUCUCCCUUUACACGGUUGGAUUCUACUUCGCUGCAUGUGCCACCUCCACCACCACCGUCUUCUCGUGUAGGGCACCAGCACAAUGGCACUCGCUCAAGGGUCUCCUCGAUACACUCAUCGCCGUCCCAACCCCAACCGUAUGCACCGAUUGCCAACCGACCCCAGCUUAACAGAAGUGAGACGAUGACCAGCGCGGUCGCUGCUGGCGUAACUAGUACCUUGCGCCGCACGUCGUCUUUUGCAAAUGCCUUGAAGAGUUUGGCCGGAAAUAUCGCGUUCCCUUCGACGGAGGACGGUCGCUCCACACCCAGUACACCUGCGCCUCCGCGGCUAGAUAUGCCCGAUAUCUCUCGGGCACCCUCGCCGAACUUGAACUUCGCGCAAUACACCUCUCCGUAUUCACGUCCGCCUUCGCCAGACGGCGCGUUCCUUCCGCCGCCCUCUCCAGUUGUCCACCAUCCUCAGGACCAUCACGCUCCUGCGGACUUCAUGCCUUGGGACGUCAUGGAAGCUCUGAUGGAAGAAGACAUGGAGCGGCUGAGAGCGCGACGGAGGGCGGGUACUCAAGUCCGCAGGCAUGUUAGCGGCGCGAUGUCUAGCCCUAGUGGGAGUACAUUCUCUGUGGAUUCGGGAAACAGCAGUGUAAUUUUGGGACUCGGAACCGGGGCUGGGAUCAGGGAUUCCCUGCCUCUGAAGAGUCGGUUCUAUGACUGGUGUUGCGAGUAUUUCAAAGAACCGCAGAUGAGGCAAGCUGAAGCGGACGAGCCCGGUAGUGUCCAAUAUAACUACCAAGUCUGGCGUCAACAGCGGAACGAGCAGAUUCUUACGGAGACUCAGUCUCAAGUGGAAGUCGCGGAGACUCGUAGGUGGACCAAGCACAUCACGACGUUGCAAGUCGGCCCCUAUCCUCUCACUACAGCCUUCCACAUGUAUGAUCCUCACUUGGUCGUCGCCAGUGACACGGAUACCAUCAGCGUGUGGGAUUGGCAGCAGAGGAGACGGCUGGCGCUGUUUUACAAUGGCAAUCCCAAGGGUACCAGCAUCACAUCCCUACAUUUCAUCAAUCAAGAUGUAGGUGGAAUCAUAUUGGCGACAUCUGCUGACGGUGUAGUGCGCCUGUAUCGAAAUUAUGAUCCGGCAUUGACGUCGCAGCCAGUUCAAAUGGUUAGCUCUUUCAGGGGUCUGAAUGAGCUUGUGCAGACGAAGCGAGGAAGUGGGGUCAUCACGGACUGGAAGCAGAACGGAGGCUCUUUAAUGGUCGGAGGGGACUCUCGCGUGAUCAGGGUGUGGGAUGCCCAUACCGAGAGCCUGUUGAUGGAUCUUGAAACGAAGUCUGACAGCCCCAUCACCUCAAUGGCUUCCGACCCGAGUUCUUCCCCCACAUUCCUGGCUGGCUUCGCAGACGGUACAGUGAACCUGUUUGAUCGUCGAUUGCCUGAAGAAGACGCCAUUGUGCGGUCGUACUGCGAGCACGUCUCAUGGAUCCAGAACACGCGUUGGCACCCUACAUUGUCAGGCAAAUUCCUUUCUGCUAGCUUGGAUGGUGAGGUGAAGAUCUGGGACCUUCGCGCAGACGCUGCGAUCAAUAACUGGGAGAUGUUCCCGCACGGCCUGAGCGCUUUUGACGUCCACCCCCAGGCCGGCGUCUUCGCCGCCUUGUCGGCGGUGAAUUCCACCCAGUACAGAACACAACGCGCAACAGUGCAGUCACUGACCUUGUCCGCGGUCCUUUCAAGUGUGGACAUCAAUACCGGUCUUACUGCGCCUACGGCAAGACACCAGCCAUCACCCUUCAUUCCGAGGUCGAGCUCUUUGGUUUUCCAUCCGACCGAGAUGGUGUACGCCAUUGGUCCCCCUGAUGGAUCACUCCGGAUUUUGGGAUGCAAGAUAGCAUGAGAGCGGGUACAACUCCUCUCUUACCUUUUAUUCUCGACCUGUCAGUUAUCUUUCCUUACCUUGGAUCUCUAGGGUGUGUUUGUGCGUUCAACUCUCGAAAACUUGUCCUGUGCAGCUUGGAUAUGGACCAGAUUCUCCUUCUCUCUGGUUGCAGUCUGAUACACUACGCCUGUGCACUUCAGCAGUAGUAACCCUAAUGUAUCCUUAGUAUACCGCAUGUACCAUAGUAAUUCCCUAUUUUCUCGCCCAUCCUGUUCUGUACACGUACGUGUUGC